AUGCAGCUCAGCUUCCACGGCCUGCGGGCCCUGGUGACCGGGGCUGGGAAAGGGAUUGGGCGGGACACCGCCAAGGCGCUGCAUGCAUCGGGGGCCAGAGUGGUGGCCGUGACCCGCACCCAGGCCGACCUGGACAGCCUCUGCCAGGAGUGCCCAGGGGUGGAGCCCAUAUGUGUGGACCUGGGGGACUGGGCAGCCACGGAGCGGGCGCUGCAUGACGUGGGCCCGGUGGACCUGCUGGUGAACAACGCGGCCGUGGCGCUUAUGCAGCCCUUCCUGGAGAUCACCAAGGAGGUCUUCGACAGGUCACUCCAUGUGAAUCUGCGCUCAGUGAUCCAGGUGUCCCAGAUUGUGGCCCGCGGCAUGGUGGCGCGUGGCGUGCCCGGCUCCAUCGUGAACGUCUCCAGCAUGGUGGCACACAUCCCCUUCCCCACCAUCGGCGUCUACAGCUCCACCAAGGGUGCAAUGACCAUGCUCACCAAGGUGAUGGCCCUGGAGCUGGGGCCACACAAGAUUCGCGUGAACUCCGUGAACCCCACCGUGGUGCUGACGGCCAUGGGCCAGCAAGUCAUGGACAACCCCGAGAUGGCCCGGCAGCUCAAGGAGCGCCACCCGCUGCGCAAGUUUGCAGAGGUGGAGGACGUUGUCAACAGCAUCCUCUUCCUGCUCAGCGACUGCAGCGCCGCCACCACCGGCUCGGGCAUCAUGGUGGACGCGGGGUACCUGGCUUCAUAGCGCGGCCAGUCCAGCCCGGUUGACCUGGGCACGCCCACCGCAGGCCCCGCCCCUCCCGCUCUAACACUGCCCACUGCUGGCCCCGCCCCGCCCGCCCGCACUCUUCUGUAGGCCCCGCCCCGCCCGCCCCAGCACUGCUCACUGCUGGCCCCGCCCCGCCCGCCCCAGCACUCUUCCGUAGGCCCCGCCCCGCCCACCCAGCACUGUCCUCUGCAGGUCCCGCCCACCGGCCACACCCCGCGCCGAGACCCCGCCCACAGCCCACCCUCUAUUGGCCCCGUUCCCUCCCGCUCUCCUCCUUCCGGACCCUCCCCACAUUCACGCCCCCCCCAGAGGCCAUCCCCCUGCAGACCCCGCCGACGUCCACCCUUCCUCCGCUCUGACUACUGACCUGCGGGAUUGGUUGGGGUUGAUUUACCUAAAUAAACGGA